AUGACGGGCCCCCCCGCCCCGGACGGCGCCGGCCCCCACGCCUGCCCGCCCGCCGGCAGCCCCGUCGGCGCGCUGUGCCGCGCGCUGCCCAGCUUUGCACGGCUGCCGCCUGUCGAGGCCGUCGUGUUUGCGUGGGGCGCGUCGGAGGACCACCAGCUGGGCCUCGACGCCACCGCCAACUGCAGCGGCCCCAAAGUGGUCGAGGCGCUGCUGGGGCUGCAGCUCAUGGG